AUGACUAGAAGCGUGAAACUCAGUGAGGGCCCCUCCUCACUGAGCACUCUUAACGCUCAGCAGGAGAAACGCCCAUUAAUUUUAAAACGAAGAAUAUUAAAAGCUGUGUGCAUGCUUGCUUUAGGCAAAUUUUGUCUUCCCCACGGGAGCCCAUGUGCUCGAAGCACAGGGGGACGCCCUGCGGCGCUCUCCUGUGUGCGCGUGGGCCAGGCCUGCGCACCUGGGGGGUGCAGGGGACCCCCCGCUCAGGCAGCAGGGGUGCUGUUUCGGCAGGGGGCGGGUGAGGGAGGCCACGGCGUGGCCGCCCUCGUGGCGGGGAGGGGGAUGAACCCCUGGCUAUGGGGCGGGGUGGCACCGCGGGGUGGGCCGGGUCUGUUCCGGGCUCCGGGCGGUCACAAAGCGGGGCGCGGCGGCGCCCGGCCGAGCGACGAACCCCUGGCCCUCUCCUACCGGCUGGAGAUGGAGGGGCGGCCGCGGGUGCUGCACCUGCGACCCCGGAGGGGGCUGGUCUCCCGGUCCUUCACCUUGGUCACCUACGGGGAGGACGAGGCCCGCCAGGAUGACGAGCCCUUCGUGCCGGAGGACUGCCUCUAUCAGGGUGAGGUGCAGGGCAGCCCCGGCUCCCUGGUGGCCCUGAGCACCUGCUGGGGGGGCCUCCGUGGGGUGCUGUGGGUGGACGACAGCACCUAUGAGAUUGAGCCCGUCUCUGAUGAUCCGGCCUUUCGGCAUGUCCUCUACCGCAUGGAGGAGGCUGCCCAUCCUACGGGGCCCACCUGCGGACUGACUCAGCAGGAGCUGUGGCGCCAAAAGGCCUUGUUGCCCCGGCUCCAGGUUGCCCGGGUGGAGGUGGAGGAGGACACGCUGCAGGGCUGGUGGACGCACACCAGGCACGUGAAGCUUGUGGUGGUCGUGGAUCAAGUGCGAUUUGUGAAGUCAGGUGGGAACGAAUCCGAAGUCUUCAGGCAAGUCAUGGAAAUCAUCAACCUUGGGGACUCUCUGUACGAUCAGCUUUCUGUUGAGCUGUAUCUUCUGGGACUGGAGAUAUGGACCAAAAAUAAUCUUAUAAAUAUUACUAACUCUGUUGGCAAGACACUUGCAGAAUUUAACAAAUGGAGAAGGGCAAAUUUGUCUCCACGGAUGCGCCACGAUGUUGCUCACUUAUUUGCAUUUCAGAGCUUUGGAAGGAGCUUGGGAUUGGCAUAUCUGUCGUCCAUUUGUGAUGAACACUGGUCAGCAGCAGUUGAGUCCUUCACCAACAGGAAGUUGUCUGCAUUUAUUGUCACGUUUACCCAUGAGCUGGGCCAUAAUCUUGGAAUGCACCAUGAUGAAAAAUACUGUAAAUGUAGACGGAAGAAAUGCAUUAUGCAUGAAAGUGAGGCCAAAACGGAUUCAUUCAGUGACUGCAGUUACAGAUACUACUUUGACCUGCUUGGGAGUGGUGGUGCCUGUUUGCGUCAGCCACCAGCACCCGGCAGUUUCUACACCACAAAGAACGAAUAUUGUGGAAACGAGGUAGUAGAAAAUGGGGAGCAAUGUGACUGUGGCUCAGAAUCAAACUGCAGAAGGGAUCGUUGUUGCCACCCUAACUGUACGUUGACUGAAGGUUCAGUUUGUGCCUCUGGAGAAUGCUGCAAAGGCUGUCAGGUCCUUCCUGCAGGAACACUCUGCAGAACAAGUACUGGUGACUGUGACCUGCCAGAGUAUUGCAAUGGGACUUCCCCCUGGUGCCAGCCAGAUGUGUACAUACAAGAUGGAGCCCAAUGCAAGGAUGGUGCCUAUUGCUAUCAAGGAAAAUGUUCUUCCCACAGUAAACAAUGCAAGCAUCUCUUUGGCAAAAAAGCCAGGGCUGCUGCUUCAGAUUGCUUCCGAACACUGAAUACUCGAGGUGACCGGUUUGGAAAUUGUGGUAUUCAUAAAAACAUUCAAUUUACAAAAUGCAGUAUUAAGAAUAUCUUAUGUGGUAGGAUCCAGUGUGAAAACAUACACAGAUUGCCAUAUUUGCGCAACCACAUAACCAUAAUCCAAACCCCCAUUGGAGAUAAAAAGUGUUGGGGUAUUGACUAUCAUGUAGGGAUGCCUAUGGCUGACAUGGGGGCUGUGAAUGAUGGCACGCCGUGUGGUAGUGAUAUGCUCUGUAUCAACAGGACGUGUACCAAUGUGUCACUGCUGAACUAUGACUGUAAUGUGACGAAAUGCCACAACAGAGGAGUGUGCAACAGUCGCAAGAACUGUCACUGCGAUUAUGGCUGGGCUCCUCCAUAUUGCGAAUUGGAAGGACUUGGAGGUAGCAUUGACAGUGGACCCCCUCCAGCCAAGGGGAUUUUUCAUAGAGCAAAAAUAGGACUAAUAGUACUUGGCAUUCUUGUUCUCUGUGUCCUCGGAGCUACCCUUAUCGUAUGCUAUAAACAGGAAAUAGUGGAAUGGUUUAGGAGGAAAACAGCUCGAUUCCGCAGAAAAAAACAAGCAGUUGCUCCAAAUGCUGGAGAUCCCAGCAGUUCCUAA